UCCCUCCCUCCCUCUCCCCGCUGCUCCCGCCUCCUGCCCUCCCCUGCCCCCUCCCCUCCCCGACACUGCAGCAUUCGCCGACUGCAGCUCCAGCCACCGCCCGCGCCUCUCCGGCCUCCGCAACCCCACCGCCGCCAGCACCAUGGCCAGCACCGUGUCCGCCUACAAGGAGAAGAUGAAGGAGCUGUCGGUGCUGUCGCUCAUCUGCUCCUGCUUCUCGCAGCCGCACCCCAGCGCCAGCUACCAGUAUGGGGACAUGGAGGUGAAGCAGCUGGACAAGAGGGCCUCCGGCCAGAGCUUUGAGGUCAUCCUCAAGUCCCCUUCCGACCUGUCCCCGGAGAGUCCCAUGCUCUCCUCCCCCCCCAAGAGGAAGGACACCUCCCUGGAGGAGCUGCAGAGGCGGCUGGAGGCAGCCGAGGGGCGGAGGAAGACGCAGGAGGCGCAGGUGCUGAAGCAGCUGGCGGAGCGGCGCGAGCACGAGCGCGAGGUGCUGCACAAGGCGCUGGAGGAGAACAACAACUUCAGCCGCCUGGCCGAGGAGAAGCUCAACUACAAGAUGGAGCUCAGCAAGGAGAUCCGCGAGGCGCACCUGGCCGCGCUGCGGGAGCGGCUGCGCGAGAAGGAGCUGCACGCUGCCGAAGUGCGCAGGAACAAGGAGCAGCGUGGGGAGAUGUCCGGCUAAGGGGCCUUUUGGACAGCACGGCGCCUGGAUCCCGAGAUGAGACAAGAACACAUCUGGGCUUUGGUUUUGUUUUGUUCGACUUUGUCUAGAUGCCGCUUUUGCUCCCGCUCCUCCCUCCCCUCCUGUUCUCCCAGCUUCGGCUUCUCUUUCCGCGUUCCGAGCUGUCCAGUCCUUGUGGCAAGGCUCUGACCACAGGCUCUCCCUGUGGAGCCCCCAGGGCGUGGCACACAGUCCCUCAGUUCGGGCCCCAGGCUGGCGGUGGCUGGGUCCCCUCUUGGCAGCCCUCUUAGUGGACGUGGUGGCGACCUCAAUAAAUCCAGCGAUGGUGGCAGGAA